UGUUUCAAUGGGCAUGUCAGAUAGACGCUGCGGAAGUGCCAUGUUGGUAAGCAGAAUACAGUUGGAGCGUCGCCUUAGUAGCCGGGGAAACAAGGAGGAGUUUGAAACCAAUAUCUGGUAGUGUUUCGAACUUAACGGUUAAAGUCAGGUUUUAAGGUUAAGCUUUGCAAGCUAUGGCCAAAGACCCCUUAGCCGAUGCAGGGCUUCAUUUUGAUGAACUGAACAAGUUGCGUGUUCUAGACCCUGAAGUUGCACAGAAAACAACAGAGCUUAAAGAAGAAUGCAAAGAAUUUGUAGAAAAAAUUGGUCAAUUUCAAAAAAUUGUUGGAGGCCUAAUUGAACUUGUGGAUGAACUGGCAAAAGAAGCAGAGACAGAAAAAAUGAAGGCCAUUGGUGCCAGAAAUUUAUUGAAAUCUGUUGCCAAACAGAGGGAAUCGCAACAGCAGCAGCUGCAGGCACUCAUUGCUGAAAAGAAAAUGCAGCUGGAGAGGUAUCGAAUAGAAUAUGAAGCCCUUUCCAAGGUUGAAGCAGAACAAAAUGAAUUCAUUGACCAGUUUAUCCUGCAGAAAUGAGAUUCUUUUUGAGUUGUUCGAUUUUGGUUCUAUGAAGAUGCUGACCCAGCAUUCCUCAUUUAAGACCUGUGGAUACUGAUAUUAAAACAUUGAAAAUGCCUUUGUUGUGAUAAAAACGACCACAUCAAAA